CGUUUUUGGGGGGUUUGGGACUCUUGGCCUGUUUUUGGGGGGGUCUCCGCCCACCCGGAACCCCCCAGAUCCCCGGACUCCCCCCGGACGCCUGUGGAGGGGUUCUGGGGGGUCCUGGGGGAGUUUUGGGGGAUCUUCGGGGGUUUUGGGGGGUCCUGGGGAGUUUUUUUAGGGAUCCCCCAAGAUCCGGGUCAAACCUCCUCUGGACACCUGUGGGGGGGUUUUGCUCCCUCCCCCCAAAGCCCGGGUCCCUUUAAGGGGGAACCUGGGACACCAGAGUCCCCCCCCAAAAUUCUCGUGUCCCCUCCCCCCAGGACACCUUCCCCCCCCCAAAGUGAGAGCAAAGCACGAUGGGAACCCAGAGACCCCCCCCCCGACCCCCCCAGCCCCCCAAUAAGGGCGAUAAAGGCGAUAAAUCCGCGUUAAUUGUGAUUAAUCAAUUAAUCAUUAACGAGGCAAAGCCCUGAUAAGGCCCUACCUGAUAAGGGGGGGGGAUCAAGGGCGGCCCGAGGGCACCGGGGCUGGGGGGUCCCUCCCCUCCCAAAAAGGGAUCCAGGUGUGUCCAGGUGUCCCAAAAAGGGGACCCAGGUGUCCCCUGCCCCCCAAAAAUGGGGAUCCAGGUUUGUCCAGGUAUCCCAAAAAGGGACCCAGAUGUGUCCAGGUGUCCCCUCCACCCAAAAAGGGGCUCAGGUGUGUCCAGGUGUCCCAAAAAAAACCCCAGACAUGUCCAGGUGUCCCCUCCCCCCAAAAGGGGACCAGGUAUCCCCUCCCCCCCGGCAGGGUCACCUUGGGGCGGUGCCCACGGGGGGUAUAAGGGGAGGUGGGGACGGCACUGGGAGCACUGGGAGCCGCCAUGGGGAAGGAGAGUUUCGAGCUGGGGCCGCCGGCCCCGACCCCCAAAAAGGGCCGCGGGAAGAGGAGGGAGAAGGAGAAGCUGGAGGACAUGAAGAAGGAGAUGGAUGUGGAUGAUCACAAGCUCGACGUGAACGACCUGGAGAUCAAGUACAGCACCAGCGUCACCAAGGGCCUGUCGGAGGCCGUGGCGGCCGAGCGGCUGCUCCGGGACGGCCCCAACGAGCUUCGCCCCCCCCGCGGGACCCCCGAGUGUGUGAAGUUCGGGCGGCAGCUGGCAGGGGGGCUGCAGUGCCUCAUGUGGGUGGCAGCGGCCAUUUGCCUCAUCGCCUACGGGGUCCAGGAGGGAGAGGGAGACCGCGGCUCCUCCGACAACCUGUACCUGGCCAUCGCCCUCAUCGCCGUCGUGGUCGUCACCGGCUGCUUCGGGUACUACCAGGAGUUCAAGAGCACCAACAUCAUCGCCAGCUUCAAGAACCUGGUCCCGCAGCAAGCCACGGUGGUGCGGGACGGGGCCAAGCAGCAGAUCAACGCCAACGAGCUCGUGGUCGGGGACCUGGUGGAGAUCAAGGGGGGCGACAGAGUCCCCGCCGACAUCCGCGUCCUGUCGGCCCAGGGCUGCAAGGUGGACAACUCGUCGCUGACGGGGGAGUCGGAGCCGCAGACGCGCUCGCCCGAGUGCACCCACGAGUCGCCCCUGGAGACCCGGAACAUCGCCUUCUUCUCCACCAUGUGCCUGGAGGGUGGGCCGGGGCUCACCUGGGUCACCUGGGCGGCUGGGGCACACCUGGGCUCACCUGGGGGUCAGGGUCCCACCUGGGGGUCUGGGUCACACCUGGGUCUGUGUCCCACUUGGGCACCCGGGUCCCACCUGAGUGAGUCCCACCUGGGUUCCACCGGGCCACCCAAAUCCCUGUGCUCUGUCCCCUCCCCACACACCUGUUACCCCUCCCCUGUGCCCAGGUACAGCCACAGGGCUGGUGAUCCCCCCUUCACCCCUCCCCUGUGCCCAGGU